GAAUAGUUCGCCAAUGAGGCCACGCGAUGGGCGGGGCACGGAACCCGUUCGACUAAUCACGAGAGGAAUUUGGUCUCCCCGCAGAGCAGGGGACCAGUCCUCCUGUCGCGAGAGCCACCUUCUUUUCUGCUCUAACAUUUACUAGGGCUUGGCCGUUGAAUAUUUAUAGCAGAUCUCGUUCGUUCUGGACUAGACCUGUCACUUUGCCAAGCCUCUUGCACAAUCACUCGGAGGUUUAUUUUUCGCUGAUAAGACCAUCCUGGAAAAAAUCGUUACAAGCAAGAUUACUGCUUUCAUUUCGACGAAGAUGAGAAACGGUCUUCCAAAAAGAAGUUUCCGUUUCACAGUCGUUCAGCACACACCAACGUUUCCCAAAAAGCCAAUUAAAAUUUCGAAUCGCUGGUAUCCAUACUGAUUGAGAGCUCAGCUGAUUCUCGACGAAAAACGAAAAUGCAAAUUUUCACUUGGUUUGUGUUUUCUUUUUUCACUGUUAGGUUUAUGGGAUAAAAGGAUGAUCAAAAGUAUUGGAAAAUAAAAUUAGUAAAUCCAAUAAAUAAUAAAACAAAUUCCAUCAUUCAUUACCCAUUCAUUGUUGUGAUGUGAGAUGCACCACAAUCCAGGAUCCCCCUAGCGAUAAAAGUUCGGCGAGACUCCCUAGUGAAGAACCUUCCCGAGCUCAAGGAUGUGGAGCCAAGCUUCCCUUACAAGUCGCUCCGAUCCUCCGUCUCUUCCUUCUUCAAGAGGGCGAUGCUGGACGAUAAGGCCGCCGUGAAGAUCUUCGUCGCCAUCCUCUUCUUGAGCAUCACGGUGGGCAUGGCCCUCACUUACAUCUAUUACUAUCGCCAACUUCUCAUCCGGUACCUCGGUACUCAGAUGCACAUCGACGAGCGAGACCGGCGCGUGGCUUUCCUCAACUCCAGCCAACAUCCGAUACUCACCGGACGGGUAUGAUAAUGGGGGGGGGUGGAUUUAUUUUUUUCC